UCUCUCUUUCACUUUCUGCUGCUCGGACGGAUCUCAGCGCUGUUGCAAAGAUGAUGGCGAGACCGAGGAGUCAUCGUCCUUCAGCUCGGAGAUCCUCCCAUUCAACGCUCAUCUUCGUUGUAUUGAUCAUGUCCACUUUCGUCAUUUUGUUUCUUCUCGCCUUUGGGAUUCUCUCGGUGCCCAGCAACAAUGCCGGCUCCUCCAAAGCCAAUGAUCUCACUUCCAUUGUCCGAAAAACACUUGAGAGUGGCGAGGAUGAUUCGAAGAACGAGCGUUGGGUUGAAAUUAUCUCUUGGGAACCCAGAGCUUCUAUUUACCACAAUUUCUUGACCAAGGAGGAAUGCAAGUAUCUAAUAGAGCUAGCUAAGCCUCAUAUGGAGAAAUCAACUGUUGUCGAUGAGAAGACUGGAAAGAGCACAGAUAGCAGGGUGCGAACGAGCUCAGGGACAUUUCUUGCAAGAGGGCGCGACAAAACUAUCCGUCAGAUUGAGAAGAGGAUAUCAGAUUUUACAUUCAUACCAGUUGAGCAUGGGGAAGGUCUUCAAGUUCUGCACUAUGAGAUUGGGCAAAAGUACGAACCUCAUUAUGAUUACUUCAUGGAUGAGUAUAACACUAGGAAUGGGGGACAACGGAUUGCCACAGUUCUCAUGUAUCUAUCAGAUGUGGAGGAGGGGGGUGAAACAGUAUUUCCUGCAGCCAAGGGAAACUAUAGUGCAGUGCCAUGGUGGAAUGAGUUGUCAGAGUGCGGGAAAGGAGGAUUAUCCGUGAAACCGAAGAUGGGAGAUGCAUUGCUUUUCUGGAGCAUGACGCCUGAUGCAACGCUAGACCCAUCUAGUCUUCAUGGUGGGUGUGCUGUAAUCAAAGGGAACAAGUGGUCGUCUACAAAGUGGUUGCGUGUACACGAGUACAGGGUCUGAGGCAUGAUCGAGCAGGGGAGGGGAGUCCUAAAAGGUGAGGAAGGGACCUGAGAGUGGGUCACCAAGUUUUGAGGGCGAAGCGGUGGCAAAUGAGGAGGAGGAGGAGGAGGAGGAAUAGAGAAGCAAGCUUGAGAUAAGAGGGGGAGGGGGGGGGGGGGGGAUAAUGAUAGGUUUGAUAGUAGUACCUAGAUGAUACUGUAAAAUGAAUGGGAGAUGGGAUAGAGAAAAAAGCGAAUGUUGUGUUGAUGGAUGAGGUCGGGUGGUGGUGUUUCUGUUUCAGAUGAUAGUAUAGUACAGUAAUGUAAUGUGUUACCUUACGAACUUGUUAUGUUUUUUUGGUUGUGUGUGUGUGUGUGUGUGGGGUGGGGUACAAUAAAAGAGAAGUAAAAGGGAUUAAUUUGGAAACGAAAGCAACAAAAGUCAGAAUCAGAAGUCUGACCUUACCGACUCAUCGAUCGUUUGAAAAUCAAAUGAUGAUCUCUUCGUCUCUAGUCUCGUAAGAUAUUUUUACGUGACUUUUAUAAUUUAUGAUUAGAUGACAACAAAGUCAGAGACAGACGCGUUGAUUAUUACUAUUAUUUAUGAAAUAAAGGAAAAUUUUGGUCA